AUGUUGCGGGAUACCGCACUCGCCCCUGCGACCCGUUUUAUUCCUUUCGUCGCAAUGUCUUCCACGGACCGUGAAGCGCUGAUUGCCCUGUUUCGUUCGACCGGCGGGGCUGGAUGGUGGCGAAGAGACAACUGGGACACAGAUGCUGUCCUAGCUACAUGGGAUGGAGUCAACGUCAACGACCAGGGCCGAGUAGUCGGGCUUAGUCUGAUACGGAACAACCUCCAAGGCCCCAUCCCAUCGAAGCUGGGGAACCUUUCAGCACUGACGGCGCUCUACCUUCAGCGCAACCAGCUGAGCGGCACCAUCCCGCCGGAGCUUGGAAAGCUCACCUCACUGCACAUCCUAGCCCUCAACCGGAACCAGCUGAGCGGCCCCAUCCCAUCCGAGCUGGAGCACCUUUCAGUACUGCGGGGGCUUUUCCUUUCCGGCAACCAGCUGAGCGGCGAAAUCCCGGCGUCGCUAGGACAGCUCGUCAAGCUGGAAACGCUCCGCCUCUACGUAAACAAACUCAGCGCGCUAGGAGCUCUCAGCAAGCUGCGGGACCUUGAGCUCUGGAGCAACAAGCAAACCGGCAACACCCCCCCAGAGCUAGGAGAUCUCCGACAGCUGCAGGAGCUGUAGCUCAGCGAAAACCACCUCACAGGAACAAUACCGAAGAAGGAGCUAGGGGAGCUAACUGCGCUACAGGAGCUUCGCCUUCUCAGUAACCAGCUUUCAGGCCCCAUCCCACGGAAGCUUGGAGAUCUCCGAGAGCUGCGGCGGCGGUGGCUCUACAACAACAAGCUCGCAGCUCUCUGGUACCACGCCCAAAAGGUUCAAGAUGUC